AUGGCUUCCGAAUUCAUUGGAUACAACGUUCUUGUGACGCUCAGAACUCCGCCUAAUGCAACUGUCCAAGGCGUCGUGGCCAAUGUCAUAGGUCAACGUCUGAUGCUGCGGGAUGUCGCACUUUCGUGGAGCCCCCAGAAAUUUCCCACGUAUUUCAUUGAAGCUGCCGACAUUGCCGACCUCUCUCUUGGACCGAACCCCAAUGGGCCCUCGCAUAAUCAGCAGCCAGGCAGAGAGAGCCAGAAUAUAGCUCAUGCGCCCUCUGCGGUACCUGUACAACAACCAUUUGUUGACCCGGCCAUCUUAAGCUUCAGCAAACCAUCUUCUGAGCAAUUUAUCCAGGGCGCAAGGCCAGGAGGGCCGCAGCUUCAACCCGCUCCGAUCGACCGAUUAAGCUCUCCAGCUUCUCAGAAUAUCCACCCCCCUCAUCAGGUCCAGCGUGAUCAGUCUGCAAUCCUUACGGAGCCAUUCAGCAACUUGGAGCUGAAUGUAGACGGCAGAGCAAAUGAGCCUCACAAUGCGUCUCAGGGAAAUGAGUUGCAUGGGUCUAUUCCUGCAGGCAAGGAUGAGUUUACAACUGCACAACGCUCUGCUGCCCAGGUCAACCUAAAGGGUGCUCGUCGCGUUGGUCAGAACAAGUCCCAGCGUUCAGGGUUAACGCCUGUUAAUGAGCACGAUGGCGCAGCGAAUACAAACCCGAAGACCCGAGGGUGGCGUCAGACUGCCUUUGUAGAACCUGCCAGUCCACAAAAGUACAGAGAAAGAGAGCCUAACUCACGGCGUCGGAAGAAGAAGAACCGCGGUUCUAUGCUGAGGAUCCCAAUGGUUGGGCAACAGAAGAUGCCACCGACAUUCAAGAACUGGGUGAUUUCGAUUUUCAAAGUAAUCUCUCCAAAUUCGACAAAAGAAGAGUCUUUGAGGAGAUUAGAAAUGACGACACCACGGCAGAUGAAGCACGAUUGUCCUCCGGGCAGUGAAACUGGAGACACUGACCAGGAGCCAAGCGACGCGAAACUGAGCAGCGGAAACUACUCAGGACGCGAGCUCUCAAGAGGGUCAGCACGAGCCCAGAGCCGCAAGGGAAGUGGCAUUCUAGGACAACCCCUGGUACCUCCCCAGAUCAACACUGUUGGGCGUGGCCAACUCAGCGCUUCUCGUACUACCAGUCCUCGGCCUGGAAAAAACGCUGGGAGAAGCAUUGCGGAAGCUGCCGUUGGCCUUUUGUCUAAUGAUGCCGCUGCGCCUACCAUGCUUGUGUUGACCGGCAACCAUCGUACUGGCGCAAGGGCCGUAUCUGCUGCUCGUCACCUCCGUAACAGAGGACACCGUGUGACUGUCUGUAUGCUUGGCAUUGAGCACGAAAAUGAAUUACUCGAGAGCUGCCGCAAGCAGAUUGAUGUUUUCAAGAAGAUCGGUGGACGUGUACACAGAUGGGAAGAUUUAUCAACGCGACUUUCAACUUCUGAAUUCAGUCCUGAUCUAGUCCUAGAUGCUCUAUUCGGCAUUCACAUAGCCUUUGAUGAUCUCCGCACCGACGAUCAAGCCGUGGCUUUUGAGAUGAUCGCCUGGGCCAACAGAAGCAACCUCGAAGUUCUGUCUGUUGAUGUUCCUUCGGGCUUCUCAGCUUCGAGCGGUGAGGUGACUGUAAUGGAGGGAGGCCGGGUGUGCGUCAGUUCCAAAUCAGUAGUCUGCCUCGGAGCACCCAAGACGGGAAUCAUAAAUGCACUGCUGGCCGGGGAGGGUCUUACUUGGAGCCUUUCCGUAGCAGACAUCGGGAUUCCUCAGAUUAUCACACAUUCUGAGUGGGCGUCGGGUGAUGCAUACUCUGCGAGCGCCGGAGCAGGGGGAGGAAAAGGAGGAGAUAACGCACCCUUCAAACGCCUUCCUUUCAAUUUCUGCUCUCUCUCACUGCAGCCAUUCACCCACCCGGUUUGCACGCAUUCCGGGAUAAUUUUCGACCUCACCAACAUCCUCCCUUGGAUCAAGAAACAUGGAAAGAACCCGGUAGACGGUACACCGCUGAAAAACUCCGACCUCAUUAAGCUCAACAUCGCGAAGAAUGAAUCGGGUGAUUACGUCGACCCAGUAACCUAUAAAGUCUUGACGGAUAACACGCAUAUUGUCGCCUUGCGCAAUACCGGAAAUGUCUUCGCUUGGGAUACCGUUGAGCGAUUGAAUAUCAAGGGGAAGUUGUGGCGCGACCUCGUCACAGAUGAGGAAUUCGGACGCAAGGACAUAAUUACACUACAGGAUCCACAGAAUAUCGAGUCGCGGAAUCUCAGCUCCUUCAAUUAUUUGAAGGAAGGCGAAAGUGUGCCUGGACAGAAAGAGGAAGAGUCCAAUGUCAAUGCCAGCGCAUUGGGAAGUUCCGCGAAGAUCUUGAAGGCAAAGGAGGCUGUGGCCAAAGCCCGUUCGGAGAGAGCGCAGCGAGCUGGCUCUGCUGCUGUUGCCAAGAAGGUCGAUGGUAGUACGACUGCAGGUACUCAAUCCAAAACGGCUUCGUUCCAAUCUGGAAAACCUACACCAUACAAUGCAGCCAAGCAUACUACGGGUCUGGCUGCGGCAUCCUUCACGAGUACUGGUUUAACUCCACAUACCUCUGCCGAGCUCGCGCUCCUUUCUGAUGAGGAAUACAUGUUAAAACGGGGACGUGUAAAGCAAAAGGGUUAUGCUCGAAUCUCAACCACAUCCGGUGAUAUUAACUUGGAGCUACAGACGGAAUACGCGCCAAAGGCCGUGUGGAACUUCAUCAAAUUGGCUAAAAAGGGAUAUUAUAAAGAUGUCACUUUCCAUCGCAAUAUUAAGGGCUUCAUGAUCCAGGGCGGAGAUCCCUCGGGUACUGGCCGGGGUGGUGAAAGUAUCUGGGGUAAAUACUUCAAUGAUGAAUUCGAGGGACCCUUGAAACAUGAUUCCAGAGGGACUCUCAGCAUGGCCAAUAAAGGCAAGAACACGAAUAGUAGUCAGUUCUUUAUUGCGUACCGUGCUCUCCCACACUUGAACAACAAGCAUACUAUUUUCGGUCAUGUAAUCGACGAUCCGACUCCUUCGUCCACAACCCUAAACAAGCUGGAAACGCACCCGGUCAAUGCGUCAACUAACAGACCUACCCCAGACAUUCGCAUCACAGAUGUCACCAUAUUUGUGGACCCCUUUGAGGAGUUUUUGAAUCAGAAAAAGGCGGAAGAGACGUCAGGGAAGAAUAAAACAGCCGAUUCAACAGAAGAAGACGGGAAAACUCAGCAGGAAGAUGACGACCAGGUUACUUGGACAGGCAAAAGAGUGCGCGGCCCAGGGUCUUCAGGGGCUGGCGGUGAUGCUUCAAGCGGAGUCGGAAAGUAUUUGAAGGCUGCGUUGGCCAAUCAAGCCGCUCAAGAGGAGGAUGAAAUCGUGGAAUUUGUAGACGAGGAGCCAGAGCCCGAGCCGAUGCGGAAGAAGUUCAAAAGCAGGGGAGGGUUUGGCGAUUUCAGUUCGUGGGAUUGA